AUGAGAAAACAAGUAGAAUAUCCACAAAAAAAUUGUUCUACGGAGAAAGAUACAGAUAAUGUGUCUUUUUUGGCAGAUAAGAUGGAUGCUUGUAGGCUUGGGUCGUUUUCUGUUCCUUCAAGCAGAGUUCCAUCGCCUAAGUUUUUUCUGGAUGGAUCUUCCCAAUAUUCUUCAGGUUUUACAAGCGUUUCUCGUAUUCCUACUGUAGGAGAGAGUUUAAAAGCGCCUUUGUCUAUAGUUCAGAGUCAUCCAGAUAUACAUUUGUCCAAAGCGGUUUUUUCAAAUGGUGAACGAACAGGACGUCGUAUUUAUGGUUUUGGUCAUUAUUUUAAAAGGUCAAAGAACUUAGCAGGUAUUUCUUCGUUUUUUUUUAAACGGUCAUCAUCAGCACAUGCAAAUCAUUCAUUAUCUAAUGUCUCAACAAAAAGUCUUUCAAAAGACGAGGAAGAAGGGAAAAUAUGUAAUGAGAAAGCAUCUUAUACUUCGCAUAGUUUGUUGGAUUUGAAGCAUUUUUUUAAAUUUCAUCAUCAUGAUCGUUCACAUGCAAAUUCAUCAGAUUCUCUUCAUCAGAAAAAGUGUUCGUUGCUUAGGCUGAAGUCUCGGAAGCUUGAAAAUUCUUUCAAAGAUGGUUAUGCUGCUCUUUCUCAUAAAUACGAGAAAUAUGGGAAACCUAUUGGUUCGGGAACUGGUGGUUCAGUUCGGCUUUUGACUGCUUGUGAUGGAACAGUCUAUGCUGUUAAAGAGUUUCGUCAGCGUGCACCCUAUGAAACAGGUAGGGAAUAUAGAAAGAAGGUUUCUGCAGAAUUUUGUGUUGGUGCUGCAUUACAUCACCCAAAUAUAAUUCGAACUUUGGAUUUUGUGGCAGAUGGGUCAAAAUAUUAUGAGAUUAUGGAGUAUGUUCCAUAUGAUAUGUUUUCUAUUGUGAUGUCGGGUAAAAUGUCGCGUGAAGAAAUAUAUUGCUGCACUAAACAAAUAUUACAAGCAGUAGAUUAUAUACAUAGCUUGGGGCUUGCUCAUAGGGAUUUAAAACUUGAUAAUUUAAUGAUGAGUGAGAAUGGGAUUGUGAAGUUAAUUGAUUUUGGGAGUGCUACUGUAUUCCGAUAUCCUUCUGAAAAUUUUGUUAAAGCAUCUGGUAUUGUUGGUUCUGAUCCUUAUUUAGCACCUGAAGUGUGUACUGAAGAAUAUUAUAAUCCUCAGCCUGUGGAUAUAUGGUCAGUUGCGAUUAUAUUUUGUUGCAUGAUUUUAUGUCGAUUUCCGUGGAAAGUGCCGCGUAUGUCUGAUAGUUCAUUUAGAGAAUUCGCUAUGGGAAGAGUAGAGAGUGAAAAUAAUGAACUUGAUUAUCUUAUGUCUGCUCCUACUGUUAUGUUAGGUGAACCUUCUUUGUCUAAUGUUCGUGGUUCUUGGCGUCUUUUAAGAUUACUUCCUCGAGAAACACGUUCUACUAUUCAAGGAAUGUUAGAAAUUGAUUCAAAAUAUCGUUGGACUAUGGAACAAAUUACACAGCAAUCAUGGAUUAAACAUAUAGAAAUGUGCCAUGUAGAUAGUAAUGGUGGUAUUAUAAAAGCAAAAAACCAUAUUCAUACUUUGGUAUUAGAAAAAGUGAAUUGA